AUGAAUAAUUCUGUCUACAAUUUUCUGUACGAUUCGGUGGUGAAUACCUACCUCAUCCAGCAUUGUGGCCUGCGUCCAAAAGAUGGGGACCAGUAUGGACUAGUUGUUCACUCUCAUAACGACUACUUCAGCUCCAUCGCCUUCCCAGCGGUCGCGGAGCUAGCCCUCCGCGUCAACAAGCUCGGCAAGUCGUCAGUAACCUAUGAGGUCGCGCUAUUCGAGCAGGGUUGUGAUGAUGUGAAGAGCGUUGGCGAGUUCGUCCAUGUGUUUGUCGAUCGUGCUACAGGGCGGCCAAACGCCAACGGAAUGGACAAUACGAUGAGACGAGGUCUGGAACGUAUCCUUGUCGGAGAACGAGCCAAGCUUUGA